CCGGAACCGGAACCUUUCCGCCUGUGUUUACAGCGGAGCUAGUUCUGUGUUGCACCGGCGUUAUGUGUGUGUUUCUGCAGGUGAAUGACAGAAGAGCUCGUUAUUGAAGGUGAGUUUGAGCUUCAGGUGAGGACGACCCGCCAUGCUGCUCCACUUCCUGGUGCGUCAGUCCCUCUGCUGCCCUCAGGCGGUGCUGACGCGCUGCGUCCGGACGCCGCGCUGCGACGCUGCGAGGACGCUCGACUCCCAGGCCGAACACUUCCUGCGGCGCCGGCUCCCCCCGCCGCCGCGCUUCCACCCGCCGAGCCGAGGAAUAAAGAGCCGACACCGGAAGUCCAAGAGCCAGGAGGAGGAGUGGAAGACCAGGAACAAGACGGUGCUGACGUACAUCGCCGCCGCCGGGGUCGGCAUGAUCGGCCUCUCGUACGCCGCCGUGCCGCUCUACAGACUCUACUGCCAGGCGUCGGGGCUCGGCGGCAUGGCGGUGGCCGGCCACGACGCAGAUCAGGUGGAGACGAUGAAGCCGGUGAAGGAACGCGUCAUCAAGGUCACCUUCAACGCCGACCGGCACGCCAGCAUGCAGUGGAACUUCAAACCGCAGCAGACGGAGAUCUUUGUGGUUCCAGGUGAGACGGCGCUGGCGUUCUACCGAGCCAAGAACCCGACAGAUCAGCCGAUCAUCGGCAUCUCCACCUACAACGUGGUUCCCUUCGAGGCGGGCCAGUACUUCAACAAGAUCCAGUGUUUCUGCUUCGAGGAGCAGCGUCUGAACCCUCACGAGGAGGUGGACAUGCCCGUGUUCUUCUACAUCGACCCGGAGUUCGACGAGGACCCGCGGAUGGCCCGGGUCGACACCAUCACGCUGUCCUACACCUUCUUCGAGGCCAAAGAGGGUCAGAAACUGCCGCUGCCCGGAUACAGCUACAACUGAGAGACUCUGUGAACUGAGAGACGCUUUUAAUCUUGAACGCUCCUGAAAAGAGACUUUUACUCUGAAAGGACUCCACACAGGAAGCACUGUGUGGUUUCUGCCUCCAGGGGGCGUCAGCGAGACCGGAGGCAGAGGAGGGGUGAAGCAGCGAGGGGAUACGGCGCCGUAGACAACCUGCCAACACCGGACCUUUAACUGUAAUCUGCUAACUAACUCAUUAAUGAAUGAGUUAGUUAGUUAGUUAGUUAGUUAGUUAGACCCCACUGACGUUUUAAUAAACAAAAGACAACGUUGGAGAUACUCUGUUUGUUUGUUUGUUUGUUUGUUUGUUUGUUUGAGAGAAAGUGUGUCAUUGAACUGAUGAACAGAAAGAUAAUUGUUCUGACUGAAGAUGAAUCAAUAAAUUAUGAUUAAACAACCCGAAGAGAAAAGCAAUAAAACAAAUAAACGUUUGUUUUGA